AAAUAUCGGACUACUCACUUUCAAAAUUCUACGGCACGUGUCGUCGACUGAGGCUUUAAUUCAGCAGGAUACAUUUACGGGGUCACCGCAAAAAGGUGCUCAAACCAAGGACGAUUAAAAUACGUGCAGAAUUUAGAUUCUCUCACAGAGUGGUCAACGAUUGGAACUCCUUACCUGAUUCAGUAGUAUCAGCUCCAUCGGUGAACGCUUUCAAAGAGAAGUUAGAUCUCUGCAGAGAUAUACUUUGCAAGGAUUAACACAGGCCACAAGAGCCUUCUAUCCUUAUCAUCUGAAUCUGUACACAACGUGCUCUUGGAGCAAAGUUAAAUUGUAAGCACCAAAAUGUAGUGAUGAACUAGCGAGCGUGAACGCACCGACCGCAUAUAAAAGGCGAAUUUCACGCAUGAAACGCAUAUACUUAUGAAAAUAGUGUAUAGAAUGACACGGGAAUGUAACACAGUAUACAUUAACGUAUCUACCAUGUGACAAAAUGUUUCUCAGCUUUGCACUGGAACGUUAUUGGGGUAAUCAAACUACAUCCUGUUCAUGUGGUUCAGGUCUUUUAACCUUUAUUUCAGUCUAUUGCUAACCCGACCCUAACCCAAAAAUAUCCAUAAACUGACCCUGAUCUCACUCGAAACAACCGUAGUAUCACCAUUAUUAUUCCCUUGGGUUCCGGGUGGAAUAUAAGACCUCAGCUAUACAUCUCCACUUCGUUUUGUUUUCCGCUGUUUUUUUAUAGUCCCGUGGUCGCCGAUAAUUUCUCAUCUGCUCGCACGAUCUGCUCCAUGUCACUCUUGGACGAAACCCUCAUCGUUUCCCAUUCAGGUUCCACUCGAACCAAUCAUAGUAUCCACCAUAUUAGCUUUACCUAACCCUGAAUUGUCUUUAGCCUAAGACUUUACUUAAUCUCUCCCAAACCUAAACUGGAACUUCCCAGAUAUUGUGUAUAAUAUCAUAAAACUUCACUCAGUAUAUUUAAUUCAUGAUUACAAUGUUAUUUGCCUGAUUUCACUGGGUUUUCUCUGGGCUUUUCAAACUUAUUUUUCCGGUCUUGCUCUUCCGGUACUUCUUGGUGCUUGAAGCCUAACUUCACCCUCUUGUGUAGGUGGAAAUUAUACUGGGCUGUCGUUAAUCUUGGCUUUAUUUAUGAUUUCGUACUUUGUCCUCUUUAUUACUGUGACAUUUCUACCCCUCUGGAUCUCUAGUGUGAAGUUUUGCGAUAUUGUCCACACCAAGUGUUAACAUUAAUUUCAUGCAUAUCUAGCUAGUUGUGACCAAUGUGGGUUUCAUUUCAUCUCACUACCUCAUUUAUCCAGCUUCUAAUAAUUUUUCUUCGAAUUCAGUAUUACUCUUACUAGUCUGAGUACUCAGUUAAUAUCGUGUUUCAUGUAUCCUGCCCAGAGAAUUGAACAAACAAGGAAAAUAUUCUUCUUAGGGCAUCAAUAUGUGGUGUGUCUGUUUAUUUCUUUCACUUGCAUAGGCAUGUUGGUUUUAUUUUGUAAAUUUAGUGUGAAGUAAUCGCUGUAUCCAUUAUUCGAAGAAUGGUAUUCUAAAGGCCAAAAUGUCGAAAUAGUACUUAGACACGACCUGUUGACAAAGUCUGUAACAUUUCACAAUAAAUUCAAACUACCCUCAUUAUUAGAGUAUUCUUUCUGUUUAAAGGUCCGAGUUUGCUGAGGGCGUUUUUCGACAUUACACAUCCUUGGCUGAUUGCAACUGAUUCCAGCAUUAUGAAUUGCAUUAAGAUUGCUGUAAGGAAUAUUUAGUUAGUUAUUCUGUCAGCAAUAAUGAUUACCAGUGGAGGUUUUAGUUGGUCUGCUGGAGUGUUUUGACUUGCUGUUGAUAAGCUUUAUAUUCCUACUAUAUCACAUCAACACCAACGCAACUUAUUCUGUAUCUGAGAACUUAUCCCUGCUUAAUUGAAUUGUUUCUCAGCGUUAAGUGGUAUCCUUUCCACUUCAUACCAUCCCUCAUAUUUGAUUUCAAAAUCGCACCAUGAAUAUUAGAGGCUUGUUGAGCGUUUGCCAACCUGCGUCAUGUGUGUCGUCAGUGUAGUAUCCUGCUAUCCAUUAAAGGAAGUGGUGUCACAGUUCAGCCUGUCCUACUUUACAAUUGAAAAAUAACCAUUUAACGUAGGAGAUUUAAAAGCGAUUAACAGAUUUGACUGCAGUUCCCCUUAGUAAGUUGUCCAUGCUGUGGACCAGUAUAAGUAAUAUAGGUUUGGCUUCGAGUUUUAGGUGGGGAGGGAAAGUCAGUGGGCUAGGGGGAGCCCCGUUGAUUAGGGUAGUUGCACAUACCACCUCGACGAACAAUGUUAGGUGGAAUGGAAUUAGUUUAGAAAAGAGCUAGAAGAGAUCAUACCAAAACAUGGCACCAACCUAUGAAAUUGUUGACUUUGCUUGAAUCACUUAAAGGUGUGGACUGUCUGUGUGGGGUCCUUGAGACAGGAAGCUUUGAUUGUUGGAGUUUCUCAGUGAUAUGGCGUAAAGUCGUUUACAACGAAGCAAGUCUAUUCAUUUGACUUAGUUUUCCAGAUUCCUAAGGUAUUCAUUCGUCUUCAUUUAAUUACUCUCACACCUCCGUUCUUUAUAGUUUCAUAUGUAGGUUAUUCAGAAGUGUGACGGUGUAGAUUGGUGAAAUUUUGUGCCAAGUACUAGAAUGUUAAAUAAUCUUUAUAUAAAGCUUAGUUGUUUACCUUAUAAUUAACUGGCAUUAUCUUUUCAGUGUACGUUACUGAAGCCAAACUGUGGAUUUAGAUUGAUUCAGGGCGCUACAUAUUUGUUCUACUGAAAUGAAUAAUUUGUCAGAAGAAAUAACGGAGCCUCCUCCAUACAUAUCACAGAUGACGAUCAACAAAAAGCCGGUGAUAUUUUUAUGACCUGCGAUGAAUUUACCAAACCGGAUUAUGGAACUCCUAAAAAACCGCAACCUAAACGUAGUGGGAUCCGUAAUGUAUUAAUCACAUCAGCAUUACCUUAUGUAAAUAAUGUACCACAUUUGGGGAAUAUGAUUGGAUCAACACUAAGUGCAAGCGUAUUCGCCUUAUAUUGUGAUUUAGCCGGAUAUAAUGUUUUGUCUAUAUGUGGUACAGAUGAAUAUGGUACAGCGACUGAAGCAAAAGCUGUCUCAGAAAAUAUGACUCCACGUGAAAUCUGUGAUAAAUACCAUAGAUUACACUGUGAUAUAUACAAAUGGUUUCAAAUUGAAUUUGAUUAUUUUGGACGAACUACUACAGAAAAGCAUACUGAGAUUGUACAAGGAUUGUUUAAGCGUUUAUGGGAUAAAGGUUUUAUCAGUGAAGAUUCUGUUGAACAGCUUUAUUGCGAAAAAUGCUCAAAAUUUCUAGCUGAUCGUUUUGUUGAAGGAAUUUGCCCAUUGUGUAAAUAUGAUGAUGCUCGUGGCGAUCAAUGCGAUAAAUGUGGACGUCUUAUGAAUGCUGUUGAACUUAUAGAACCACGUUGUAAAAUAUGUCGUCAUAAGCCAGUUGUGCGUUCAUCACGUCAUCUGUUUCUUGACUUACCAAAGAUCGAAAGUAAAUUGAGUGCAUUUAUUGAACAACGCGUAGACGAUCCUUCAUGUAUAUGGACAUCUAAUGCUUGUAACAUAUCAAAUACAUGGCUAAGAGAUGGUCUGAAGCCAAGAUGUAUUACACGUGAUCUACACUGGGGUGUACCAGUUCCUCUUGAAAAUUUUAAGGAUAAGGUAUUUUACGUUUGGUUUGAUGCGCCUAUUGGUUAUAUGUCAAUUACAGCGAAUUAUACAAAAGAUUGGCAACAAUGGUGGCAACCAUCCAUUCAGUCUGGUGAUGAUGAAAUUGAAGUGGAAUUAUUUCAAUUUAUGGCUAAAGAUAAUGUUCCUUUUCAUGCAAUUAUAUUUCCUUCAUGUCUCUUAGCAGCUGAUGAUGGUUAUACUGUUGUAAAACACUUAUUAUCUACAGAGUAUAUGAAUUAUGAAAAUACUAAAUUUUCAAAAAGUCGGGGAAUUGGCGUAUUUGGUGAUAAUGCAAUGAAUUCUGGAAUUGUAUCAGAUGUUUGGCGAUUUUACUUACUAUAUAGACGACCUGAAUCGCAGGAUAGUGCAUUUAUCUGGGAAGAUUUCAUGUUGGUAAAUAACUCAGAAUUGUUAAACAAUUUGGGGAAUUUUAUCAAUCGAUCGCUUUCAUUUGUCUCACGAUUUUUCAAUUCAAUUAUACCAUCAAUAACAAAAUUAGAACCUGUUGAUACAGAAUUCUUGGCUAGAAUUAAUAAAACUUUUGCUAUUUACAUACGCAAUAUGGAAUCAUGUCAUCUUCGUGAUGCUAUACGAAAUGUACUGACUAUUGCUCGUCUUGGUAAUGGUUAUUUUCAAGCGAAUCAACCAUGGGUUACUGUAAAGAAACCGGAGACAAAGCCACGUUCUGGUGUUGUAAUAAGUAUUGCUGCAAAUGUUGCUUGUCUUCUGGGCUCUAUGAUUUAUCCUUAUAUGCCUACAAUUGGAAAACAGAUUUGGAUUGAUCAAUGUGACCUUCCAUUGUGCAAACUUACUUUUGUGCAAAUUAUCAAAAAAGAAUUCAGAUUACAAAGGUUACUACCUGAUGGUCAUCGUAUUGGAAAGCCUGUUCCUCUAUUCCGUAAGAUAGAAGUUGAUGAAAUUAAGCAAUUAUCCAAAGUUUAUGGUGGUCAGUCUUCCGAUGCACCACCAAUUGUUAAUGGUGCAAAUCCUAAAUAAAAGGGGAAAUUUUUUUAUCAGCUUAACCAUGUCAUCUACAGCAUUUCUCUGAACUUCCUUUUUAUUUAAUGUACAAUGUUAACCACCCACUUGCUCAUUACUUAUAUAUUUGCUAAAUAUAAAUGGAUAUAUGUCAGCUGACUCCAAAUGGUUACCUAAU